CCAAUAAUUUUCUGUUUGCCCCUCAUUUUCUGUAUUCAUACUUCUAUCUCGCUCCCGCGGCCGUAGGAGACUAAUCUUCUGAUCAUUCAGUCCUACGGCAUAAUGGGCAGAGUCUGAAUUUGAAGAUUGUUUGUUGUGGAGGAGGAGAAAGGAUUGAGCAGAUGCUCAAGCACACAAUUCGAAGCUUCAAAAGAAGAAUAAGCUCAAUUUCAACCUCAAGCACACCAAGAGAGAAGGUAGAUUGUGUGGUGAUAGGAGCGGGGGUUGUGGGCAUAGCGGUGGCGAGAGAGCUUGCUCUCAAGGGUAGAGAGGUAUUUGUGGUGGAUUCCGCCUCGACAUUCGGCGCCGGUACCAGCUCUCGGAAUAGCCAAGUCAUUCACGCAGGCAUCUAUUACCUGCCCAAUUCCCUCAAGGCUUUGUUUUGCGUGAGGGGAAGAAAUUUGCUCUAUUCUUAUUGCUCUGAACAUGGGAUUCCGCACAAACAGACGGGCAAGCUCAUAGUCGCCACUUCGCCUGCAGAAAUUCCAAACCUGUAUCAGCUAAUGAAUCGUGCGGCUCAGAAUGGGGUGGACGACUUGAGAAUGUUGGAGGGUUUUGAAGCCAUGAAAAUGGAACCUCAAUUGCAAUGCCUCAAGGCUUUAUUUUCCCCUGUUUCUGGGAUCAUUGAUGUGCAUUCUCUUUUGCUCUCUUUAAUGGGAGAAGCUGAAAGUCAUGGGGCAACCUUCUCUUACAAUUCUACAGUCAAUAGUGGCCAUCUUGAGGGAAACCAUUUGCAGCUUCAUAUAGUGGGAAGCAAUCAUCUUCAAAGCUGGGAUGGACAGUCUCCAUUGCACCCGGAGCUUAUACUUAUUCCCAAGCUUGUUGUGAACUCUGCAGGAUUGAGUGCCGUUCCUCUUGCAAGGAGAUUUAAUGGUCUAAACAGUGGUAUGAUUCCACCUGCACAUUAUGCUCGUGGUUGCUACUUCACCCUUACAAAUACUAGAGUCCCUCCUUUCCAGCAUUUAAUAUACCCUAUACCUGAGGAUGGAGGCCUUGGAGUGCAUGUUACCCUGGAUUUGGAUGGCCAAGUUAAGUUUGGCCCAGAUGUUGAGUGGAUUCAUGGUGUAGAUGAUAUCUCAAGCUUUCUAGACAAGUAUGACUAUUCUGUUAGUGCUAGUCAUGCAGAAAGAUUUUACCCAGAGAUAAGGAAGUACUAUCCAAGUAUGAAGGAUGGAUCAUUGGAGCCCGGUUAUGCAGGGAUUCGACCAAAAAUUUCUGGUCCUGGACGGUCUCAUAUUGACUUUUUAAUACAGGGAGAAGAUAGUCAUGGAGUGCCAGGUCUUGUGAACCUUUUUGGAAUUGAGUCACCUGGUCUAACGUCAAGCAUGGCGAUUGCUGAAUAUAUAGCUGCCAGAUUCUUGAAAUGAUAUGACUUGUAGAUAUGAUUUCAAAAAGUACAUUAAGUACGAAUAAUCUUUAGCUCAUUGGUAAUUGUGUUCUGUGGAAUUAUGAAGCAUUGAGUUCAAGUUCCAGUUGGAACUAAUUGUACCAAAAAAAAAAAAAAAACAAA